AAAAAGCAAGACAAGCAGCUAAAGUAAGUGCCAAAGGGGUUCUUAUGCUUGACCACCAUAUAUACUAGGUUCAUGAUCUAUGUUUCCUUAAUAUGAAAACAAAUAACCUACAGGUUGAUAUCGCAGUACCAAACAAUACUACAUCCAUCAAUCCUAGUUUAGAUGGCAUUCAAAUUGCACCCACCCAAGAGAGAGAGAGAGAGAGAGAGUAACCGUAAACCAGGCCACAUUUCCAUACGGGGGAGACGGCAAUUAAUCCUUAUCGUCUAAUGUAAUCUUUAUCUCCAUUCUUUGCAGUCGAACCAUCUCUUUUUAAACCGCACCAAACAUCAACAUCCAAUCCCAAGCCUGACUCCUUUUCCAUGGAAUCAGCCGGAGCCACCACCCACUCUAAGGCCACUUCAAGCAUCUCCAACGACAAGACCAUCAUGGUAAAGGCCAAAGAGAAGGAAGGAGCAGUAGGAGGAGGAGAUCCACCAGAGGGCAAUGAAAUCUUAUUAGAUCUCGGCCUCUCCAAUAAGGAGUCCGAUGAUGGCAUCUUGUCAUCAGCCCAGCCGGUGCUUGAGCUCGACCUUAUCGGAUCGUUAGAUGCCGCAGCCAGCCGGACUGCCGUCGAGGCCCCAGCGCCGCCGGAGUCCCUAGCGUCGGAGCAAAGGGUGUUCCCAUGCAACUACUGCCAUAGGAAGUUCUACAGCUCGCAGGCGCUCGGCGGGCACCAGAACGCUCACAAGCGCGAGCGGUCACUUGCCAAGCAUGGUCCCCGCCCGGGCCUCAGCCCUGCCAACCACCCCAUGCACUGUUUUCCACCGAGCAUGGCGGCGGCGCCGCUGCAUGGGGCCUUUGGCUGGAGGCCGCUGGGAAUUCAGGUGCACUCCAUGGUCCACAAACCUUCCUUCGGGGUGGUGCCCAAGGUGGGAGGACUGCUAAAUGCCAAGCAUGGGUGGUGUCGGCCGGCGACAUCAAUCAUCAAUCAGCAACCAGCCAUUAGGAGACUGCAAAUUGAGAACUUUGGGGCCUGCGGUGCGGCCAGAGGUCCUGUCGCAAGGUUUGAUGAGCCGGCGGUGGCGACCGGAGGGUAUCGGUGGGGUGGUGGGAAUCAAAUGAGUGUUGGGAAAGAGGAGGUGCAGAAGCUCGAUUUAUCUCUCAAGCUUUAGAGUAUGGUAGGUGAAGUAGUUUUAGAUCUUUGAUCUCUAGAGACAAGUCAAGCUCUUGUUAUAGGCAAGAAAUUGUUCAUGUGGAUUGAUAGUUGAGGAGAUUCUUGAUGAUGAUCUUCGGUGGUUGAGAACUUUCAUCCUGAUGGAUUGGAUGCUUAUCUUUGUUUGACUAUAGAUAUUAAUGGAUACUAACACGUUUUUCUGAUCAUGUAAUAACAAUUCCUUGGAA